AUGUCCGAACCUCUCUCUAUUGCUAUCGACCCGGUGGCCCUGGUGACGACAGAAUGUAUCACCGUCACCUCGUCCAUGCGGAAACAUGCCCGCUGGGCGCACUCCUCCGUCUCCGCCAUCUUGGGCGGCAAUGGGGGGUCCCGGGUCUAUGAACGAGAUACCUCGGCGCCGCCCAGUCCACGGAAGAGCAGCCAGUCGUCAAGACUCGCUGAGGAGGAUCAUGCCUUGGCCAAUCGAUGGGGCCUGCGAGGCAAGAAAGGCAAGAGCAUGCAGGACAACCCGUUGAUAUCAGCCUUCACCCGCCUGCGGAGUGAUCUCAAGGGCUGCAAAGAUAUCCGAACAUUCGAUACUCCAGCCCUCCUUCACCCAUUCCUACAGGUCAUUCGCUCCUCCUCGACCUCCGCCGCGAUCACCUCCCUCGCAUUGGUUGCCAUCACAAAGUUCUUUUCGUACAACAUCAUCAAUCGAGACUCCCCCCGCUUACCAAUGGCCAUGCAGCUCCUCUCGGCUGCAAUUACACACUGUCGAUUCGAAGCGAGCGAUUCUUCCGCAGACGAAAUUGUGCUACUACGGAUCUUGAAGUUGAUGGAGGGCAUGUUGUCUCGGCCGGAAGGAGAGCUUCUGGGCGAUGAGAGCGUCUGCGAGAUGAUGGAGACGGGGCUGAGCAUGUGCUGUCAAGGUCGCUUGUCAGAAGUGCUGCGAAGGUCUGCAGAAAUGGCCAUGGUCAACAUGUGUCAAGUCAUAUUUAUGCGGCUGUCACAUCUUGAUCAAGAAGUGCCCCCGGGCCCCGACCCGUUCGCAGAUGAGCGUGUGAAGAAGGAUGAAUCGAAUUUGAAGAUGGACCCAUCUGUGAAUGGAGAUACCGUGACAUCGCAGCAUCAGUCAGCAAUGAGUUCGGACACGGCAGCUCCAGAGCGAGACAGCACCAGCCGGGAGGGCUCACCCGAACAAGCAGGUACCGGGGCUACGGCUGCGGCCACUGCACCACCGACCUUGCAAGACGACAGUGACGGUGAGAUCCGGCCCUACUCUCUACCCUCGAUUCGAGAGCUAUUCCGCGUCUUAAUCGAUCUCCUCGAUCCUCACAACCGCCAACAUACCGAUACAAUGAGAGUGAUGGCCUUGCGCAUCAUUGAUGUUGCUUUGGAAGUGGCCGGUCCAUCUAUUGCUCGACAUCCCAGCUUGGCUGCUUUGGCUAAGGAUGAUCUUUGCCGCUAUCUAUUUCAAUUGGUUCGUUCGGAACAGCUGGCUAUUCUCACCGGCUCUUUGAGAGUCGCGGGCACUCUAUUGUCAACAUGUCGGUCUGUAUUGAAGCUGCAGCAAGAAUUGUACCUCUCUUAUCUGGUGGCUUGUCUUCAUCCCCGUGUGGAGAUACCCCGGGAAGCAGGCAUUGACCCCUCGCUUUACGAAGGGGUACCACAGGCACCCAAGCUAGUCAAGCAGCCGUCCUCCCAAACCAAUAGUGGCCGGUCCACUCCAGUCCCCGUGAAGGAUCGUCAAAAGCUUGGCCUUGAAGGGGGUUCUCGAAAACCAGAAGCUCGGGAGGCCAUGGUUGAAAGCAUAGGAGUUCUGUCACGGAUUCCUAGCUUUAUGGUCGAACUUUUCGUCAAUUAUGAUUGUGAAGUUGAUCGGGCCGACUUGUGUGAAGACAUGAUCGGGUUGUUGUCGCGCAACGCCUUCCCAGAUUCCGCAACAUGGAGUACAACAAACGUGCCCCCGCUGUGUCUCGAUGCUCUCCUGGGCUAUAUACAGUUCCUUUAUGAUCGUAUGGACGACGAGCCGGUACAAGGGAACUAUCCUCCGUUGGAUAGCCUUCGAAGCCAACGGAAAACGAAGAAGCUCAUCAUCAAGGGUGCUCAAAUGUUCAACGAGGAACCCAAGGCAGGAAUUGCUUACCUCACAAGUCAUGGGAUUAUCGAAGACGCCAAAAACCCCGUGCUGGUUGCCCGCUUCCUUAAGGGAACAGGACGCUUGUCAAAGAAGGUACUUGGUGACUUUAUUUCCAAACGAGACAACGAAGAGUUGCUGGGAGCCUUUGUCGAUCUACUCGAUUUCUCGGGGAGAAACGUGGUCGAAGCACUUCGAGAACUGCUUAGCUCGUUCCGCUUGCCCGGCGAGUCACCCUUGAUUGAACGAAUUGUGACUACUUUCUCAGAGCAUUAUAUGGAGAAAGCGCAGCCCGAAGGUAUUGCGGACAAAGACGCACUUUAUAUCCUGACCUAUGCAAUCAUCAUGCUGAACACUGAACUCUAUAACCCCAACGUCAAGUCGCAAAACCGCAUGUCUUUCCCCGCGUUUGCCCGAAAUCUUCGUGGGGUCAAUAGUGGCAGUGACUUUGCAGAGGAAUUCCUCCAGGAAAUUUACGACUCCAUCAAGGAAAAUGAGAUCAUUCUGCCUGAUGAGCAUGAGAACAAACACGCGUUCGACUAUGCUUGGAAGGAGCUUCUCCUGAAGUCGUCUACUGCCGGUGAAAUGGUGGUGGGCGAGACCAACGUGUACGAUGCAGAGAUGUUUGAAGCAACCUGGAGACCGGUUGUAGCUACUCUCUCCUACGUUUUCAUGUCUGCUUCUGACGACGCCGUCUACUCCCGCGUGGUCAAUGGAUUUGACCAGUGUGCUCAAAUCGCUGCCCGCUAUGGUCUGACAGAGUCCUUUGAUCGUAUUGUCUCUUCCCUUGCAUCGAUUAGCACCUUGGCAACCAAUAAGCCUCCGAGCACUGCGCUCAACACGGAAGUGCAGGCAGGAAAGAAGAGCGUGAUGGUCAGUGAAUUGGCUGUGAAGUUCGGAAGAGACUUCAGAGCACAACUUGCCACAGUGGUACUGUUCCGAGUUUUGGCGGGUAAUGAGUCCACGCCCAAGCAAGGUUGGGAGCACAUUGUCCGCAUUCUCAGCAACCUCUUUAUAAAUUCUCUCAUUCCGCCAUUCGACUCCAACUUGACUGCUGAGCUGGAUAUCUCACCGAUUCCCCUGCAGCCGCCAUCACAGGUGGUCGACCGCGAUGGAAGGGGUAACGAGACCGGCUUGUUGUCUGCUUUCACUUCCUAUCUGUCAAGUUAUGCAGCCGAUGAUCCUCCAGAGCCAUCGGAUGAAGAGCUUGACAACACUCUUUGCACCGUGGACUGCGUCACUGCAUGCUCUAUUCCCGACAUCUUGGCUAACAUCAAGCCUUCCAGUAGAGCUGACCCUAAUCAGCCCAAGUAUGAUCCAUCUAUGAUCUUCCUCUUGGAGCUGGCGACCGUUCUCACUCUGCGUGACGACAAAACUCUCGAGAGCCUCGGCGAAUCAUUGGCAACCACCCUCCAGACCCUGACUCGUGAUGCCAAGAACCUUCAUCCAUUGACCGUAUCUCGUAUUGUGUCCUACCUGCUUAACCUGCUCAGACUGAGUCAUGUAUGUAUCCGUCAAAUGAUUGAUGGGAUUCUCUUCCUCAAACUAACAAACUCUCAGGAUCAGCAUUUCUUGCGAGUACCAGUCGUCCUCCACGCGAUCUCUGGCUAUGAUCAAGAUGUCUUGGAGACCGUCGCCGUGCCGACGGUCAAGGGUCUGUCCCGAUGCAUCUCCCGCACUGGCCGCCUCAGGAACGAGAUUACCAUAUCACCUGACUUCUGGUCCAUCUUGCAACGCCUACACCAACAUGAAGAGGCCGCUCCUCUGGUGUUUGAAUUGCUUGAGAGUAUUGUGCACUCAAUGCCCGACAUUGUCACGGCCGACAACUACGAAUCGGCCGUUGCUCUGGCAAAUGACUUUGUGAGUGCAGGCCACGUCGGUUCCAUCGAUGAGCGUCAAAGGGAUGUCCAUGCUCGACGGAACAAGGGUGUCAAACAGCCUAAGCCAAGCGAAAAUCAAAUCGUUUCUCGCGGCAUCAAAGCCAUCGGUUUGAUAUAUCACCUGACUGGGCGGGUUCCUGCGCUUAUCAAGCAGUCCCACCUUGAAGAGCGUGAAGCCUGGUCUGCGUACUGGUCUCCCAUUUUCGAAUCUCUUCGUGGCCAAUGCACCAACCCAUGUCGUGAUAUUCGCCACCAUGCCAUUUCUACUCUGCAACGGGCUCUUCUGUCUGCUGAAUUGAUUUCUGGUGACGACAAGGAGUGGGCCACGAUCUUCGAUGAGGUUCUCUUCCCUCUCAUCUUGCGCCUACUCAAGCCAGAAGUCUACCACUCCGACCCCUACGGCAUGGGUGAGACUCGAGUGCAGGCGGCGACCUUGGUCUGCAAAAUCUUCUUGCGCUUCCUCGAUCAACUUCCCAACCGGGAGGGCAUGCUUCCUCUUUGGCUCCAAAUCCUGGAUAUACUUGACCGCAUGAUGAACAGCGGCCAGAGCGAUAGUCUGGAGGAAGCCAUUCCCGAAAGCUUGAAGAAUAUCCUGCUUGUCAUGGCCGAUGGUGGAUAUCUGGUACCUCCAUCGCAGGACCCUAGCAAGGAGGAGAUGUGGAUGGAGACUCGUAAGCGCCUGGAGCGAUUCCUGCCGGGCCUUUUCAUCGAGAUCUUCCCGGAUGCUGCCAAGGAACCCGAAAAGGUCCAGCCAGGAUCAGCUGCGCAGUCGCCGUCCCAACCGGCCAGUGAAGUUGCUAAAAGCGAGGAAACAGCACCGUCGGCUCAAGAAGCUGGCAGUGAAGCCACGGAAGCCACUCCUGCCGUUGCCCACUCUGCAUCCGAGCAAGUUGCCUCAUCAUAG